GGGCAGAGCGUGAGGGGCGGCCUGCUUCUCCGGUGAAAGACGGCGCGCCACCUCCCCCGGGAGAGCUGCAGCACCCACGGACCCCGGGCGAGGCAGCAUGGGGGAGCCCAACCAUGUGGGGGCACCACGCCUGCUGCGGAUUUAGCUUCCUGCAGGACUGCUGCGGGACGGUGAUGCGCGGGAGCCGGAGGGUGCAGCCUGAGGUAACAGGGAAGCAAAGCACUGGAGUGGGCACUCUGCCCCAGCUGGAGGUGCCCGUCAAGCAGGUGGCGCUGAGCCAUGCCAAGACCCAGCACCAGUGUGACAACAUCCUGCCUCACAUCGCGAACAAGAGCAGCCACCAGACGCGCCAGGAAGAGAGACAGAGAGUGCUGCAUCUCCCUGCCAGGUUCAGCUCCUCAGUGGAGAACCUCAGUGAACCUUUAAGCCCCAAGAGUGUUAGCAAGAAGCCUGAGAAGGAGAGAUGCUUUGAGGGCCUCAGGCUGCCAAUAUCUCCCACAGAAGCACUGAAACACUUCCGAGACCGGUUGACAGAGUUUGAGCAAGAGGAGAUCAUGGACUACUCUGAGAUUUGGUUCCUUGGCCUGGAGACAGAGAAGAUUGAGGCCAAUCACAGCAUAUCCCCGAACUAUGGUUACGACGACGAGAAUGGAAGCUACAUCAAGGUCCAGCACGACCAAAUUGGGUACCGCUUCGAGGUUCUCGAUGUGAUCGGAAAGGGGUCCUUCGGACAAGUUCUGAAAUGUCUGGACCAUAAGACCAACGAGCUGGUGGCUAUCAAAAUGAUUCGCAACAAAAAGAGGUUCCACCACCAGGCUCUUGUUGAACUGAAGAUCCUGGACGUAGUGCGGAGGAAAGACAAGGACAACAGCCACAAUGUCAUCCACAUGAAGGAGUAUUUCUACUUCCGGAACCACCUCUGUAUUUCCUUUGAGCUCUUGGGAUCAAACCUAUAUGAGUUGAUCAAGAAGCACGACUUCCAAGGCUUCAGCCUGAUUCUGGUGCGACGCUUCGCUCACUCCCUGCUCAAGUGCCUGCAGAUGCUGCACAGGGAGAAGAUCAUCCACUGCGACCUCAAGCCGGAGAACAUCCUCUUGUCGCCGAAAGGACAUAGGGACAUCAAAGUGGUUGACUUUGGUUCCAGCUGCUAUGAGCAUCAGAGGGUGUACACGUACAUCCAGAGUCGCUUCUACCGCUCCCCAGAGGUGAUCCUGGGCCACGCCUACGGCCUGCCCAUUGACAUGUGGAGCCUGGGCUGCAUCCUGGCGGAACUCUACAACGGGUCCCCGCUCUUCCCCGGGGAGAGCGAGGUGGAGCAGCUGGCCUGCAUCAUGGAGGUGCUGGGAAUACCGGCCAGCGAUUUCGUCCAGUCAGCACCCAGAAGGAAGUUAUUUUUUGAUUCUAAGGGAACUCCCAGAAACAUCACCAACAGCAAAGGGAGGAAACGAAGACCUGGCUCCAAAGAUCUGGCUGGUGUCCUGAAGACUAAUGAUGCUCAGUUUCUGGACUUCCUUAGACGAUGCCUGAUGUGGGACCCUGCCAAGCGCAUGACACCAGAUGAGGCCAUGCGCCAUGAUUGGAUUCAGGAGGCCCGGACCCAGAAGAACCGCACCAAGACCCACUUUUCUAGGAAUCCCUUGGAGUCUCUGAUUGGUCCAGACAACAGCAAUGAGCAUGCACACUGCAAAGCAGCCAACAGCAAGAAAGCUGAGAAGGUCACAGUCAGUGGGCUCGAGAAGAUCAGGAAAGGGAAUUCUGGGAAAGGAGGCAAGACUGUAGCGGCAGAACGUCUGAGGCCCGUCGGGGCAUCAGCAGAGGAGAAAACGUGUGACUUAGGCCCCGGUGACUGGGGGGAAGCAGGUGACAAGACAGUGACAGGGGGAGAGAGGCCCAUCCACAUCAUCAUCAAACCUCAGAAGGAAUCAGCCGUGGACCCUGGAAGCCAGGAGCAAUUGCAACACCUGCCUCGGAUUUUAUAACCAUUAGAGGCAGAGACAGACUGGGGUCAGGGGGGCUGCUGUAUUUCUGGUGGAAGGUGGGGAGAGCUGACAAAAGCUUUUUGGAGCAGGGGGUAAUAAUAUGUAACCCUAUUGGCUGCCAUUGGUUCAUUUUUGCUUAAGGAGGCGUGUGUAUGUCAUACAUAUGCCUUUUGAACUCCAGCACGGGCAUGGUCUCUCUAUAGAAUGGCACCCUCUAAUGGCAGAGAAUGGAAAUGACAAAUUUCACUUCUGAUUGACAAUACUACAAGCCAAUUUAAAAGACUUAAGGGAAAACACAAUUCUCAAAAUCGAUCUAUUACAAUGAUACUAUUUCACCUUAAUAUCUGGAUUAAAAGAUACAAACAGUUUUACAAAAUUUUCGGUGAUGCUACAUUGAUAGUCAUCUCCAAGUCUGCAGGUGCUAGUUAGUAAUCCCCAACCAAGUUCACUUGCCUAAUAUCUUUAACAUUAUAAUUUAUCUGUAGUUAAUAAAGUUAGGUAUAUAUAUGUUAUAAUUUCAAAUUAGAGGUAUAAUGUCGAUUUUGGGAAAUAUGUUAAAAUCACAUGCCAUAUUUCAAAUGAUUAAGCGUUUAUAUAGCCUACCUCUUCUGAUUAAAACUGACUAAGAGCGGGGUUGUUUUGACCUGACGCAACACUAGUCUUUUAUUUGUGCCUUUUGAUAUCCCAUAAUGCCAGAGACAUAAGUGAUAAGCUUUGUUUUGUUAUUAAAUGCCAUUAUUUGGGCAUGCAUUCUUAAAUAGGUUUGUGUAAUACACACCUGGGCCAAAUUAAGCCUAGAUAUAACAAAUUACACUUGGAACGGUUCUUUAUCUCUUAAUAAAUAACUGAUUAGAAAGUCAAUCUGCAUAUAUAUAUAACUUUUUAUGCUAUAACAUUAUAUAGAUUCAAGGUCCUUAAUGUACAUUUUUUUACAUAGCAAAACAAUUUAUAUGAAUUCAAGAUUUUAAAUCACUGACGACACACCACCAUUGUGUGUCUUUAUUUUGUGGUGACCUUCAUUAUUUUUGUUUGUUUAGUGCAACAUACACAAAAGUUGUUAUGCUUAUAAAGUAAAUGUGAACAUUAGGCAAGGUUUUACUUGUUAAUACACGAUGUUGAAUUUCAUGAGAUGU